ACGACUGCGUGCGACUGCGCGUGGUGCCGCCACGCGUGGUCGGAGGCCGGUUGUCGAUGGUUGUCGCCUGCGAAGUCUGUGUAGGCCGCCUGGACGGCUGUCGUGCGGUGCUGUGGUGGUGUUUCUCCCUACUCCCUUCCACUCCGCCCGCCUACUCCUUCACUCCUCCCUACUCCUUCACUCCUCCUCCCACUCCGCCCAUUCCUCGUUCCUGGUUCCUGGCCCUUGUUCUUGGUUCCUCGUUCCGGGCUUCCCUCCUGCUCCUUUGAUUCUCGUUCCAUCGACUCCCGUAACGCCACUCCGCGCUCCAUGGAACGCUGCUGCAGUGCGGCGGCAGUCGAAGAGGACGGAGUUUUGAC